AGAUGGAUUGAGGCAUGCUGAAUGUAUUGCUGUGGAUGGCAGUCCUGAAUAACGCGGUUAGUUUAUCUGCUGUCUACCGCAACGUUCCUGCUCGACGGCGUUCCAUUUAUCACCCAAGCACUGUCUCAGGACCAUGUACCUUUCCAGUCCCGUAUACAAAGGAAUUCGAUAUUUUCUGUCAACUCGAUUACCACAAGACGGCUUACAUCUGCGAUCCGGCAGGAAUCCUAUCCCGUACAGAAGUUGAGAUGUUGGACCACACGGUCCGCGAACUGAAUAUGACCUCGUGCUUUUGCUCGUCCUCUUGUGGAAGGGGACGAAAAAAGCUUGGGAUCGUGAUCGUACCAGCUGCUAGUAUAAACAGUAUAAUCGCCUGUGAUUCGUCGUUGGACUACGCACCUCCAACCUCGUUACCGGCAGCGGCUUUUCUGUUCGCUCAGUUACUGAACAGACACUGGUCCGGGCACUGUAUGGCGGAUUUGAUGAUCAUUUACAUCAGGGCGUGGAAUCCAGAUCGCGUUCGGAAACCAUUUAUCAUACCCAUUUACUCGCAUGCUCUCGAGCGGCUACAACGAUAUAGCCACCCGACCUCAGUGCCGGCAAGGGAACCAGUAUUGCUUGCAUUACAGAAUUCAAUACGGCAUGCUCAUCGACUCAUCGAAGCCGAGUGGACUGAUUUCCAGACCAAUACAUCCAUUCCCCAAUGGGCGAUGGGUCUGGCUUGCGGAAUGCUGAUUGUCGUGGUCUUAUCCGUUUAUACUGCGAAUUGCAUCACGAACAAGUUGGGAAGGCAUCCUCAGAAACAACGCUAUGCGGUGUCAGCGUUCCGAAAAAGUAGCGACCGGUUCCGGGCCGGCUUUGGUGGAGGUAUGAUGAUGAAUGCAUCAGUUCAACAAAAGCGAAGUGUGAUGAUGUUUCGAACAUUUUCAAAAACUCCCGCACGGAAUGGUACCACCAACAGACUUUGAGAGCCAUAGACGACGUGAAAUUCUCAGUAUCAUAGUAAAUAGUAGCAUAUACUGCGCUCCAUUGUUUUCAAUUAUUCAUGAGUACACUAACAAUAAUAUCAUGUCGUUCUCGUUCAUGUAGACAUUUAGUGAUAUUUGGUGCACUCUCCUCACUACAUGGGUGAUACUCCCUCUCAGAAGUAACGUUUGUGUGUAAUAUGGAAAUGGUAGUAUUCUUGAGAUUCGCUUUACUGCUUCUAGGGUUGUCGUUUGUACGAAGUUGUGUUAGUUCGGUUCAUACUAGGUCUCUCAUGCUGUUUGCUCAACGAACAAGAUGUUCGAUAUGCCACGCUGUAACAUGCGCUAUCUGUAUGGAUGUACUGCAUUCGAUGAACAAUAAAACUUAUUGU